AUGAAUCAACCAUUACAGGGACUGUUUUCUCAAUCUGGCAGCUUGGAUAAUGCCUUGUCCAACCUUGACGUUGCACUUUCCACUAUUCCACUCAAUGAUCAGAGGGCUCUUUUACCAGCUUUAUAUCAGCUUAAAAAACGACUUUUAGACAAUCAGUCAGACCACAACCAAUAUGUGCAGUGGGCCAUUCAAACUUUGAUAUCACGCACGAUUCAACUUCCAGGAGAUGUUUCCAUCACUGAUAUAAUGGAAUUGAAUAUGAGAAACCCUGCUGUACGCACACUAGCGGAAAUGGUCGUUUUUUGCCUUGAACCAGAAUCUGGAAGAGCAAAUGCAGAUCUUAUAUUUUCUACGAUUUUUACACAUGGUCGUAUUCAUUCAAGUAACUCCAUGUCUUUUCAAAGUCUUUGGAUUGUGAUGUUUGUGAUAUCAGCACUUCCGUAUUCCAUGAUAUUGCCCUUUCACGUCGCUCUGAAUCAUCAUUAUGCAACCGUUGGAAACACCACGCUUACAGCCAUCUCCAGUAAUAUGUUUCAAAAAAAUUCUGAUUUUUCGCCACUGUCGCUUUUCACCGUUCAGUGUCUUGACAGUAUUGCCGUGUUGUACCCUAAUAUUCUCGCUGGUGCUUUGCGUGAGAUGAUUGAUAUUUAUACUAGAGAUGUUGUGCAGGCCGCAACGUUUACCGAUCAUAGUAUGUCCAGCAGACACAUUUUGGCAUACCUUUUUACAAUUUGUAUUUUGAGUCCUGCCACAUGGAAAGUUUGCGAGAAAGUACUUUUAAAUUUUGUUUUAUAUGACAUUUUUACGGGCCCUAUUCUGAUCGAGUCCAAUAUUGGCUUUUCCAUAUUUACAUUGACUCAUCUACAGCAAAUAGAAUAUGUCCCACUGCGACCUAUUGUGAAUGAUCUUAUCACUAUUCUAUUUCGCAGCACACUCGAGAAUCAUUCGACAACUUUAAGGUGUUUUGUAAAACUCAGUAACUGGUGCACGAGUGUAGAAAAUGACAUUGAUGAUGGUGCAGCAAACGAAGUGCGCCAAAAAGCUAAUCUAACGCUACUCCAAGAUCUUGAGCGGACCUUUUCAAUUUUGUAUUGCAUGGUUCAGGAGUCAUGGAUUCUUCAAGCUCCUUUUUUGCAGCAUGAUGACUCGAGCGCGUAUGUUGAUAUGGCUAACAAUACAAACAGUCAUUUUUAUUCCUCCAAGGAGUACAUGGCGAUAUUGCUAUGUAUGAAACUGAAUCAGUCGUCAAAUAUUCGGCAGGGACUUUUGGUCAAACUUGUAGGACUUCAUCUAGAUCAGCAUGCUUUAGUAGAGUUUUUGAGUCAGGAUAGCUUUUGUUGGUGGAUGAAUGAUCAGGUUGUAUUUUUAUUUGCACAGGUUUAUCCAAAGCUUCAAAAACACAUGCUUAAACAUGCGUUAUCACUUGCAAAAAACUCGGAUUCCCAGAGCAUCAAUAUGGACACCAUCAUGACAUUGCUUGACAAAAAACUACAGCAGCAGAAUGGAUUAGUCAUUUUUCGUCAGCUUUUUAGCAGUUCCAACACAGCAAAGCAAGCACUCAAAGUCAAACACACGGAUGUCCUGACCAAGUCAAAGAUGAAUGCUGUUAAAAUACCAAACGCAUCGAGUUUAGGGUUUAAUAAUUAUCUGCAGACGCUUGCAAUACUUUUAGGACUUGAAAGUGGGUUGGAGCCAGCAGUUUCCUUUAAGCUUGGAAUGUUCAAAUUCAAUCAAAUAACUCAAUUACAAGAUAGUCAGGAGGCGUUGAUUGUUCGCGAAGCCCAGAUGAAUCUUGUGGUGGACAUUUAUGGUUUUAGAGAAUUUAUUCCGGCGCUGUUUCAAAGGCUUUUGGACCAUCUUGAUGCAAAACAGACUAUAUGUUUUCUUGAUAUAUGGGUAGAUAUUUCUCGAGUUCUAGCAACUAAAGCAGCAUCUGAGUUGCUUGAAGAUAAUGUAUUGCGUGGAUGGAUCUGCCAAAUGUCUGCUCUAUGGAAAUCUGCCUCACUCUAUAGCGAUGAUCCUUGGCUACUUGCAAUGACAUCAACUAUACUACCAGAGUAUCUGGAUGGAAAUGCUGAAGUCAUUCAAGAUGCUGUCAAGGAAUACUUUCUCAUUCAACACUGCAAGGCAGGUCUUGACGCAGAUCUCUUUGAUAUUACAUUUUUUCCAAAAAAGAGCGGCAUUCAAACUGGAUUCACUUGUAAUGUCAACAAUGGAACUCAAAGUGUUUGCUAUUACAUCAAGACGCAUCAAUACGGACCAACAAAAGACAAUAUAAAGAGUAUCAAACCACCAGAUACAAAGGAGUUGUUUGUCUACAAGAUUCUGCAUCAUAUUGGAAUUGGUCCUCAAGUUCAUUUUAUCAUCCCAUCUCAUGGCACCAAAAAGACUAUCUACAUUGCCACCAAGGAUUGUCAUUUGGUCUUAUUGUCCAACUUGACCAAGGAUACAGUAAACAACAAUGCUCUACUUCAAUUGGAUCUGAUAUCUCGCAUCCUCUGUCUUCGUGAUUGUGCUGGCAACACUUCAAACUGUGGUCAAGUCGGUGAAAACCCAAUGAUUGUUGACUUUCGUAUUGAAAAUCAGUCGCAGGGUUAUGCCAAACUCGAUAUCCUGGACAAAUUCUACGAAGGAAACAGUGAAUUUCACUAUUCUGGAUUGAUGGAAAUCGCAAUCAAAACUCCAAAAACUGUCAAGAUGGAUAUUAUGAACAAGUCACUACAGGAGUGGAAGCUGUUGGAGAAUAUCGAACGAGCUGAAUUGGAGAUCAAUGAAUUGGUUAAAAGAUAUGAUGGCAAGAUGGGUUUUGAAAACGAUUUACAACGAUAUGUUCAGGAUCUCAAAACAACAGUUGCAGUUCUUAUGAAAUCUUGA